AAGACUUUUCCCGUUUCAAGUUUCGGUGCGUAAUAUCUGCUUACCGUCUCAUCAGCUUCGCCCUAGCUGCCCCUUCCGAGAUCCCAACGCCAGAGAAUUUUUCAGGAGCCGAAGUCGAGAGAUUUUAGCUCCUAAGAAAAUCUUUCCUCAUGGCUGACAACGGCAAUGUGAUAUUUCGCCAGCAGCUACUAUCAAUUGAUGAAAACUUAGGGAAGGAAGAUGUAGAAGACCUGAAAUUUCUCUGUUCUGAUUUCAUCCCAUUAAAGAAGCUGGAAACAGUGAAAUCAGCCCAGGAUAUUUUCCAGUUGCUCAUCAGUAAAGACUUGUUGAAUAGGGAUGAUACUUUUCUCAUAGCAGAGCUUCUCUACAUGAUGAAGUGUAACUUUCUGCUCCAGAAACUUGCUUAUACCAAAGAGAUUGUUCAACAACAUCUGCCUAAGAGAGGAAGGGUAUCCGGAUAUCGACAGAUGCUGUAUGAAAUAGCAGAAGAGCUCACAAAGGAUAAUGUGAAAGAUGCUGCUUUUCUUCUGAGGGACCACCUCCCAAAGAAGCAGUCUACUAUGUCGGCUCUGGAGCUGCUGACUUCCCUGGAGAAGAAAAGCCUUCUAAUGGAGUCUGACCUGAGUAUUCUUGAAAAAAUCUGCCAGAAGAUAGCACCUCAGCUCCAGAAGAAAAUAGUGAUGUACAAACAAACAAAAGUGCCUUAUCAAGGAAUCAAAGAAACUGUGCCCUCUCCAUUUUGUGGCUUUAACAAACCAACUUUUGGAACCACUUUACUCCAGGAUCCUCUUCUGCCGAAGAAUCAUGAACUCCCUUGCACUGAAGAAUUUGGGAGCCUGGAAGAGCAUAUUAGAAAUUUUCAUUCUUUAGCUGAAAAUCAAGUUGUCAAGGCAGAACCAAUAUUUGAUCCCUCAGGACCGAGCUUAAAACAAGCUGUCAGGAAGAAUGAAGCUGCAGCAGAGUAUAAAAUGGAUGGGCAGUGCAGAGGAUAUUGCCUCAUUAUUAACAAUGUGAAUUUUGAGGGUGGUCUCAGAAGAAGGAACGGAUCUGAGAAGGAUGCCAUGGAGCUGAAACAUGUGUUCACCUGGCUUGGGUUCAAAGUGGAAAAGUAUGACAACCAGACUUCCAUUGAAAUUGAAAAACUUUUGCAGGACUGGCAGACUUCUGAGAAUUGGAAAGACAGUGACUGUCUGAUAUGCUGCAUUUUAUCUCAUGGAGUAUCUGGGAAAAUUUAUGGGACAGAUGCAUGUCUGAUUCCAAUCCGUACGAUCAUGUCCUAUUUCACAGCCAACCAAUGCCCACUGCUGGCUCAGAAACCUAAGCUCUUCUUCAUCCAGGCAUGUCAGGGUGGAAAGGCACAACAGCCUGUCUACCUCCAAGCAGACAGCAACAAUUCCAUCUCACUUGAACCAGAUGCACAGAGUUCAGGAUUUGUCUCUUCCCACCAGCUGACCUCAAGUAUUCCAGCUGAAGCAGAUUUCCUGCUUGGCAUGGCCACUGUAGAUGGUUACCUCUCCUUCCGGCAUGUACAUCAAGGGACUUGGUACAUUCAGGCUCUUUGCAAUAAGCUGCAACUCCUGGUGCCAAGAGGUGAAGAUAUAUUAUCCAUUCUUACAGAAGUCAAUGAAGAAGUGAGCAAACGUGCAGAUGUUCAAGGCCUAAAGAAACAGAUGCCACAACCAGCUUAUACUCUCAGGAAAAAAUUGAUCUUCCCUGUGCCUCAAGAUCCUUUUGUACCAUCAGAGCAGAGUUCAGACAUGCAAUAAUUUAGAUUGCUGGGGACUUACAGAGAAAAGAGCAGUGAGUUCAAAUAGAGUUUACCCUUCUCUCAUGCUUUCAUUCAUUCUUUGUUGUGCUUUGAACGCUGUUGCCUUCACAAAGCUAUCUGAUGCUGAAGAAUACGAACAGGCAGGCACUCUCCCCAUCUGCCACUCACUGCAUGUCACAGUGGAUUUGGAUGAUCAGCACGUUUGUUGAGUGAGCCCGCUUUUAUAGAGCUGAAGGUGAUCUCACCAGGUUUGCUUGAUGGGGAAGGAGCAUACUGCAAAACCACUGAUGCUCAGGAAUGAAUCUCCAAGCCCAGGAGCAACCGUUGGGAGUUAAACACAGUGUGGUUUUUUAACAGUACCACAUUGCAAUGAAUAAAUUAACAUGUGCCUCAGCUAUUAAACAGAGUGGAUACUGUGUGUAUUUAGUGCUUACUGGCGAGUAGAUGCAGUUUGCAGACCUACUGCCACAAUGCUGCCUUACAUUAAGAGGCCUCCAUUCUAGAUGUUGCCUAAGUUCCAACUCCUUGCAAGAAGUUGAUGAAGUUAAGAACAAAAUCCCUGUAAAAGGCAGCAGCUGGUAGCUCUGUUGCCCCUGUUCAAUGGGAAAAUGUUUCCUCUAGUCCACAGGAUAUAUGUAUAUUGUAAAUUUACAGUUGUAAAUUGUACAUCUGAAGAGUUGCAUUACAGUGAGGAUGAGAGGAAGUAAGGCAAAAUGAGAAAUCACAAAGCAGUGUUUUUAGAGCAGAGAGAAGACUUCAACAAGGAAAUAACGUAUACAGGGGGAUUGCAAAGACUGGCAAAGGAGGACCCAAAGAGGCCAAGUUCAAGCCAUUAAAAAAUGAAAAUUGUAUCAGAAGAGAAAUAAUAGAAAAGUCUUGAUUUGCUGUAUGUUUUGAAAAGAAGUUCUUGCAUAAAUCCUCUAGAUAAUAGGCAGAUUAUCUAGAGUCAUAUUGCAGGAAUAAACUAGGUAUGUGCAGAAUUUUGGAUUCAGAGCCAAAUAGGCAGUUUGGGGCAGACCUGGGGGCAUAUCCACACCUUAAAGAAGCUGUCUUUACAUGCCCAGGAGCCAUCCAAUCCCAGGAAAAUAUGGGUUAAGGAAGCAUCAACAGUACCUUUUGGCUUCAGAUAUGAAGUGCUACAAAUCUCUAAAUUGAGCUUUUUUAAUUGAUUUUAUUUUUAAUUGAUUUUAUUUUAAAUACAUUGUGCAACAGUUGCCAAACAUGAGAACGGUCCUGGAUAGGUGGGUGUACAACCCCAGGUGGGUCUACAAGGAACUACUGGAGCCGAUUCAUAAAAAUUCAGUGCAGAAGCUCGCGUCCCUGAUAUUUAAAGUAAUACUGUAGCAAAUAGUAUUUUAGUUAUAAUCCGUCAGUCUAUGUUUCAGUUUAUGCUGAGUCAUUUAGCUGUACAUUUAAAUCUACAGGACCAGGUUAUGCCUUUUUUAUAGUGUAUGUUUUAACCUGUCCACCAUCUGGCCAGGGAAACAUUUAUUCCAUGUAUCAACUGAUGAUGGCAAAAACAUGGCACAAAAUUACUGGGCAGUAGCUAAUAAAAAUAAAG